AUGGAGAUCCCGACCAUUUUGAAUAGGAAAGCGUCCGCGGCAGUGGCUGCAGAUCCUCGCUUCCAGGCACAACUCGCGCAGGCAGUUCAUUUGCACACACAAGAGAUGAGCGAACAGGCGAAUGCUCAACCAAAUCACGCCGUUAUGGGUUACCCUCCCAACACGCAACCCCUUCAUCAGGGACAAUUGCCUGGUCAACUCUGGCCUACGCAUCCAAACGGUGCUCCGAUGAUGCCGAAUAAUUGGGACCCAAAUCCUUUUGCUGGCGCUCCACCGCAGCCUCCACAACCAUCGCAUACACCGCCUGUUCAGCAACAGCAACCCCGCGCUGAGCCAGCGCCUCGUGUUUUCCACUGCUCGACUUGUCAGAAGGGGUUUGCACGCCGUAGCGAUUUGGCUCGUCAUGAACGCAUCCACAGCGGAAUCCGUCCUCAUGCCUGCGAUUGGCCUGGUUGUGGUAAACAGUUUAUCCAGCGCUCGGCGUUGACUGUCCAUGCCCGCGUACAUACUGGAGAGAAACCUCACAUGUGCGAGCGAUGUGGAAAGCCCUUUAGUGAUUCCUCGUCACUAGCGCGACAUCGUAGAAUUCAUUCUGGGAAGCGGCCAUACAAAUGCCCCUAUGCAAACUGUCAAAAAACAUUCACCCGCCGUACUACGCUUACUCGUCACCAAAAUCACCAUACCGGAACUAUCGAAGAGGCAGCAGCUCAGACAGAAGCUAGUCUACGACAAAACAGAGAAAAGUCGGCUCGGGCGUCUGAAAGUAUCUAUUCGGAAACAGGAUCAGGCCACUCAACACCAUCGCCUGGACAGCAAGCUGCCAUGGGAUUAGGCAGUGAGCUUCCACCGUUGAAUAUCAUUCGUUCUACAGGGGAGUAUUAUAUUCCGAAUGGAGGAAUCCCGCCACAUGUGCGCGGCGACUUCCAGCAAGCAAGUCCUCGUGCUUCACCGGCAGCUACAUCGCCUGCGCUGUCGAGUUAUAGCAGCCAUCCUCGACCUUCCAUGACCUCGCAUCCUAGCGGUUACGGACCACCCCAGCCACUCGAGCCACCGGCGACCACUGACCACCGCCCCGGCAGCGUCACAGGCAGUCCCCAUAUGACAAGCAUGGGCUGGGCAUCACCGUCUCAUGCUAGUAUGCCGUCACCUGGGUCUCCACACGAGUUUGGAUACACUGAGCCGAAUGUAGCUGCAUACGCCAGCGCCAUGCCGCCGCACAUGUACUUUCCCAACUCGACUAUCCGACGACCUGGAAGCACCGAGCCGGAGAACUACGAAAUGAAACCCCGAAUCGGGCCUGACGGAUGGUCCACUCCUAUCUAA